AUGUCGACUCCGUGCCCCAAGAAUGGAAUGCGUCUGAGCGAAGCCCUAGACAAUAUCCAGCUUGCGUAUAAUCCGAUCACUAAACAGCUACAUUUCGUAAGUCCAAGAGUUGAGAAACCAGUUGAAGAAGACGUGGAUAAACUGAGUAAAAAGAGCAGUUUCAGUGAUGAAGGCAAUUUUUCUAUAUCAACGUGCGAGAAAAGUGAUACCAGUGACUCGCCUAAGAGUACUCUGCAGUGGGGUGGUAGUGUGAGUGGCCAUCAGCGUGGGAAAGACGGUGGUUCAUUUUCAAGCACCAUAUCUAGCCUCUCAGAAUGUUCACUGGGAUCUAGUGGGUCUAAGGAAGAUGAAUUUCCAGAUAUCUCAAACUCUGAAGCUAAGUUGAAGAAAAAGGGGUUAUCUGGCUUUUUUAGCAGGUAA